AUGGACCAAGCAGCCGCACAGCCGCGCAAAUGUCCUGGCGUCAACUGCGAGAAUGAUGCCUCAACUCUACAAUGUCCCAAGUGCAAAGAGGCGGGAGUGGAUAGUUUCUUCUGCUCGCAAGAAUGUUUCAAGCGGAGUUGGGCUGAGCAUAAGACCGUCCAUAAGAGUACGAACCCCCUACGCAACUUUUUCCCUCCGAAUGUUGUGUCUAAAGUUGAUCCAGAAAGCGGCCACUUCAACCCAUUCCCCACGUAUCCUUUCACCGGCUCGUUACGACCUGUCUACCCCCUCUCUCCGAAGCGGGAAGUCCCCAAGUCGAUACCAUGGCCCGAGUGGGCGAAGGACGGCAUCCCCAGAUAUCCAUAUGUGAGGAAAAACAACAUCCAGGCCUUGGAUGAGAAAGGGAUUGCGGGCAUGCGCAAGGUGUGCAGGCUAGCAAGAGAAGUUCUCGACAUUGCCGCCGCGGCUGCGAAACCAGGUGUGACGACCGACUAUAUCGAUGAGAUUGUGCAUAAGGCCUGCAUAGAACGAAACUCGUACCCUUCGCCCUUGAACUACAACCAUUUCCCGAAAUCGGUGUGCACCUCACCAAACGAGGUCAUCUGUCACGGCAUCCCAGAUCAGCGAGUCCUGCUGGACGGCGACAUCCUCAACAUCGACGUGACGCUUUACCAUGAAGGCUACCAUGGCGAUUUGAAUGAAACCUACUACAUCGGCGACAAGGCCAAAGCCGACCCUGACAAUGUGCGCCUCGUCGAGACCACGCGGCAAUGUCUUGACAAGGCCAUCGCGCACGUGAAGCCCGGCGUCAAAAUUGCCGACUUUGGCGACAUCAUCGAAAAGCACGCCAAGUCCCAGAAUCUGAGCGUGGUCAAAACUUAUUGUGGCCACGGCAUCAACUCGCUGUUCCACUGCGCACCCAACGUCCCGCACUACGCGAAGAACAAGGCCGUGGGCAAGUGCAAGGCGGGCAUGACUUUCACCAUCGAACCCAUGAUCUGUCUGGGCAGUUACAGGGACAAGACGUGGCCGGACGACUGGACGGCAGUGACUUCGGACGGCAGCCGAUCCGCACAGUUUGAACACACCAUGCUGGUGACUGAAGAUGGCGUCGAGGUGUUGACUGCCCGUCUGCCUAACUCGCCUGGUGGGCCUAUUCCCUUUCCCCCUGCGGCAACCAACGGCGAGGCCACGAACGGGGCGGUUACCAACGGGGAAGCCGUCAAGGCUUGA